AUGCCUCUCUUUACAACACACCCGAACGAGACUGGAGUCGCUGAAAAGCGAAGACUAUUGGACGACAUUCAGAAAAGACGGGAUGAAAAUGGCAGACUUCUUGCUGGUGUAGCUGCCGCUUGUAACACUGACGAUUUCAAACUUCCCUCUUCGGGAAAACCAAAAGCCAAGUGCUGGGACUCCCAUCUCAGCCCAGAAAGCCAGUCCCGACCUCAAUGCAUCCUCAAACAGGCCGCUACCUACCUCAGCAAACCAGACAUUGUAUCGCUUGGAGGUGGCCUUCCAUCAAGUGAAUGUUUUCCAUUUUACGAAUGGAGUUUCCGGGUGCCUACAGCUCAACACUUUAACGAAAAAGACGAAAACUCACAGGACUGUCCCACAACCCAGACCAUCAGUAUUGGAAAACACGACGUCAAAGCUGGGAUCUCCGAGUAUGACCUUUCGAUUGCCCUCAAUUAUGGUCAGGCAACUGGAUCCCCCCAGAUGAUGCGUUUUAUCACCGAGCAUACAGAGCUGGUUUACAACCCACCCUAUGCGGAUUGGAAAGUUUGUCCAACGGUUGGAAGUACCGGCGCCCUUGAACAAACUAUCCGCAUGCUUUGUGAUCGUGCGAGGGGUGAUUCAAUCCUUACAGAAGAAUACAGUUUCUCUACAGCGCUUGAAACUUUCGUUCCCCAGGGCAUCAAGCCGUUCGGCGUCAAAAUGGAUGAUGAAGGCUUGAUUCCGGAGAACAUGGACGAGAUUCUCAGCUCCUGGGAUGAAAAGGCCCGUGGAAAACGAAAGCCUCAUGUUCUUUACACUGUUCCCUCCGGACAGAACCCAACGGGCGCGACUCAAAGUCUUCAGCGCCGCCGUGCCAUUUAUGAAGUCUGCCAAAAGCAUGAUAUCUACAUUAUCGAGGACGAGCCAUACUACUUCCUUCAAAUGCCUCCUCACCAGGGCGUGGAGAGUCAUGGUGUGCAGGUAUCCGAGGAUGUCGAGUCGUUCCUGGCUGGGCUUGUCCCAUCAUACCUGAGUCUUGAUGUUGAUGGCAGGGUAUUGCGUAUGGAUUCAUUCUCCAAGGUUCUCGUGCCCGGUUCGAGAUUGGGAUGGAUUACCGCGAGCGCGCAAGUAGCAGAGCGAUUCAUUCGCCAUGCCGAAGUUGCCAACCAAGGCCCCAGUGGAGUUUCGCAGAUCAUGCUCUGGAAAUUGCUUGAUGAUACUUGGGGACAUGAGGGAUAUCUAAAGUGGUUGAUUUCAUUGAAGAACACCUAUGCCAGAAAGAGGGAUAUGUUGCUCGCCGCUUGCGAUAAGUUCCUGCCAACAUCUGUUGUCAGUUGGAGUCCACCGACGACAGGCAUGUUUCUUUGGUUGAAGUUGGAUCCGUUGCAGCAUCCCGAAUAUCCUGCUCGCUCAAUUGAAGAAAUCGAAGGAGAGAUCUUCGAUCAAGCCAUCAAAACCGGUGUCCUUUGCGCUCGUGGCUCUUGGUUCCGUGCCGAGCCUGACACACCUGCACAGGGAAUGUUCUUCCGUGCCACCUAUGCAAGUGCUAGCGCAGAAGCCAUGGGCACUGCUAUACAGCGCUUUGGUGAAGCGAUUCGCCAGUCCUACCAAAUCGAGUGA